UACUCAAAAGCCUGAAUUUUUGAAAAUUUAAUCUUGUAUACGAUUAAAAUAGUUAAAAGCCAGCAUAUCUGUGCAAGGAUUUUUCUUUCGAACUAGUGAAGAGUAUUUCUUUCCAGGCUCCGAGGGGAAGACCAGUAAAAAGAAGAAGAAGUACCACUCCACGAAAGAAAAGAAAUCCUCUUCGGGGCUCUGCGGGCCACAUAUGAGCAAGAAGCUCAAAAGAUUUCAGUCCCUGCGUAAAUACUGUCGCGAAAAAGCGAAGUAUUAUCGAUGGGGUCCUUAACUGCCCACAGGAUUCGCACCACUCGACGCACUCUCCGGAACGAUCAGUUCCUGAUCUCGACAAGCCUCUGCCAGUCACCGUGUCCGAACUUCUUCCGCUACCUUCGAGACGAUAAAACAAGAGAGAUGGUGGGUCGGGUCGAGAUCCCAGCCGCUCCGAGAGGCGUUCCUCUGCACCUCAGGGUCAGCCUCAGCAUCCCUACGGUCCUGCCCACGAAAUACGUCGGCCGCCUGCAGCUGGAGCAGACGAAAGAGGAGGCGAUCGGAAUGGUGAACAAAGGCAAGCCGCUGGUCUACAUAAUUCAUUUUCCUCUCCGUCAGCCGAUUCCUCUGAUCACGAGGAUCCUCUUCAAUCGACGUCAAUACUGCAUCGGUCCUCGAGCCAUGGGUCCAUUCGUCACAUCCAUUGUCCUGGAGCAUACGUUGUUCCCUCCGGAGGUGAUCCACCUCUCGGAAGGUCCUCUGAAGCCGGGGUCCUGGGGAGACUAUUUUGGAGGUCAUCCGGAAGCUGUGAAUACUGAAGUCGAGACGACCUCGCUGGAGCCUCUUCCUUCAAGGGUGGAAUCUCUCCCUUCAAGCCUGGAACCUAAACCGAUGCCAAUGGAACCAAGUUCAAUGCCGAAUUCGAUGUUAAAACCAGAACCUGGUGCGAUGUUGAAUCCAAGACCGCAACUGGAAACUUCGCCCUUCUUUUACCCAGAGAUUGAUGAAACCUGCGGCCGACCUCGAAGUGACAACGUCAACCUCCUGAUAGCGAAGGGCGAAAGGACUCGACCUGGUCAAUGGCCCUGGCUCGUCGGCAUCUUCUUCGUAAAGCUGAAAUUCGAGUUCCAGUGCGCGGGGAGUCUGAUCUCAAACAGGCACGUGCUGACUGCUGCCCACUGCUUCAAGCUGCCGGAAAACGAGGACGUGCCGGUGAGUUCGUUGCUGGUCUCCAUAGGUCGACAUCGUCUAGACGACUGGAAGGAGAGCGAUUCCGUCAGCGUGGAAGUGGAGGAUCUCAGGAUGCACCCAGAGUACGGACAUCGUUUCAGCGGGUCCUCCGACAUCGCGGUGCUGGUCCUCCGGGAGAACGUCACCUUCGGCAGGACGAUACAGCCGGUGUGCCUGUGGUCAGGGUCCAGGAACCUGGACAAUGUCGUCGGGGAGUUCGGCUACGUGGUGGGCUGGGGCAGGGACGAGGAAGGCCACGCCAACGUGGCCGAACCCAGGAUGAUCAAAGUGCCCAUAGUCUCUCAGGAGGACUGUCUUCGCAGCAACCCGGACUUCGUCUCGGCGACCUCUGACCGCACCUUCUGCGCAGGGAUGAGGGAUGGAAGUGGACCUUGUAACGGAGACAGCGGCAGCGGCCUCGUCCUCAGGAACGACCUCACGGGGGCCUUCUACCUCAGGGGGAUCGUCUCCUUGUCGCUCCUCGACAAGAAGACGAUGUCCUGCGACCUCUCGCAGUACAUCGUCUACACGGAUGUCGCCAAGUACCUCGACUGGAUUCGCAAAGAAAUCGAGACCUGAGGUGGCUACCGACGAUAAAUCGUGGCGAUUUCUGAUCUGCGCAGUUCAAUCAAAUUUUACAGCGUCCACGCGACAUCCAGACGUCUAUAGUACAUACUAUAGUACUCACGCGACAUCCAAACGUCAGAUAAAAAUGUACAGAUUUAUCGGAACAGUUUAUCGUUGCGUUUGUGGCCACCUCAAGAAGGAGCGACGACUUCCGCGAAUUGAUCGAAUGGAAUGAUUCGAGUGGGCAGGGAAAAUUCGGACGUGGACCUUAUCAGGUAUUUGCAAUGUUACCGAAGACAACGAAGAUACGGUGACUGUGUUCGGAUUACAAAAAAGGAAAAAGAAAACUGUUACCUUUAACGUGGCGAAUGGCGGAGAGGAAUGUGAGACGUUGAACUCGUGUAAAUAUGUGCGGCUUUCGGGUCUUAAGUAGGACAAUGUAAGACAAUCGAAACGCCUCGGUCUCUAUCGGGUCCGAAAAAGUGAAAUAUCGACAUUUAGAUUGUAAUUCCGUAGUUUAGUUCACUUGACACCUAGAGAUAAAUUAGUAAAUCCGGGAUUUCACGUCAAAAGACGACGAACGACAGAUCUGGAUUAGUGUCGACUCGUAAGCGAUAAGCAACGGUGAACGGAUAACUGCGCAGCCUAGAAAUAAAUAAAAUAUCCAGACUCCCCUUAUCAACAUCUCUGUACUUACUACAAGUGCCCUAGACGUGGGAUUGUAAUAGAAUAAAAUCUGAAUCGAA